AUGCCGCGUUCAACCUUGUAUGCCGGCCUUUUCGCCCUCUUGGGUCUUGCCACGGCCCAAGACUUUGACAAUGACUGCGGAGGAGUUGCCUAUGACCCUGAAAACUACGUCUGCCACAACGACAACUUCCUCUGCCCCAUCGUCGCCGGCGAGCCCCUCAGCUACUGCAACGGCGCCUGCUACAGCACCUUCAUGUACACCUGCACCGACGGCGCGCUCUCCCAGCUCGCCCGCCACGAGGGCGCCUUCACGCUCACGGUAUCGAACCCGGCCAUCGAAGCCGACGGGUGGCCGGUGACGGCGUGCGGGCAGCACCUCGGCCUGGCCACCGUCGUGCCCGGCGGCCAGCAGUACUACCUUGACCCGGAGUGGUUCGUCGGCUACACCCAGGCCCACUCGGCGUACGUGCCCCCGGCAGCACCGUCGGCGGGUUCGUCGCCUUCGAGGACGGCGGUGGACGCUCUGGUCGAGGAACGCGUCGUCGGCGGCGCUGGGGAAGGGUGUUUUGCGGUGAAUUUGAAGGUUACGCCGGCGGAGGGCGGGGCGGCGUGGCAGUAUUCUUGA